UCCUGCAGUGUCGCUUGGACAAUGGGGUUGCCAAGGCACUGCUCCAAACAUUGCAGUUCACCCCUUGGAGAGUAAACAGCCCCAUGUUCCAUGGUCAGUAACGAGGCUCCAUGGGAUUCCCUUUUCCCUCUCUGUGGCGGUGCCACUGGCAAAAGGACCCUUUUGUCUCUGGCACUAGUCAGAAAACAGAUGAGUGGGAAUAUGAUGAGGAUGAGGAAAGCUCUGGGGGGAUCAAAGGGAAGAUGCUGCUCUGCUUCUGCACUGGUAUUGUGGUCAUCUGCCUUGUCUGCUGUGCUCAAGUCCUCCAGAAAGUCCAAAGUAAAUGGUUAUGUUCUGACAAAAGGGAGAGCAAUUCAACAGUUCCCAGGAACCCCAUCUGCAGCUAUUACAGCAGGGUCAGCACCUGGCUCUUCCUCAGUAACAUUUUUCAUGGGAUAAGCAAAAGGUGUUUCCAGCAGCUCUCCGGUCCUCCCAGGCAUUCUGGGACACCCACAGCUGGGUGUUCCUGCAGCCAAAGGCAAGAGAGAUGGUUCCCAAAGCUCAGCCAGAAGCCUGCCCGGCACCGUUACUCCUACAGGAGCUCAAACAUCUUGGCACCUUCACGGAAGGUAAACAAGCGGAAGGCUAUUCCCUGUGGAGCAAGAUGUAGACAGAGACCAGGACAAGAGCAAAGGGACUCAGAGAGCUGCUGGAUCAGGGAAGAGCCCUGUGGGCAUUGUAAAAUUGAGAGGAGCCAGCAGUGGCUGUCCCGGCACUUCUUCCAACCUGUGCCAGCUCUUCCUGAGAAGCUUACUUCAUUAGGAGAGGAAUCCUGUCCAAGGAGGAGGGUCUAGCUGCAGAGUGGAGCUCCUCUAAGUUCCUGUUCACCAAAGGCUUUUUCCUGCUCCUAAUAAACAUGCUUUCAUGUGAACCUUGCUGCAACCUUAACUCGCUUGAAGGAGUGGCUGGAUCUGUAUGGAACAUCCCAUCUGGAGGUUG